AGGCCGCUAGGAUAUGGGCGGGGCGUGCGGGACGCGGCGUCAUUGGGCGACCUCGCGCCGUGCCAUGAUGGCCGCCGGCACAUUCGGCCAAUGAGCGCUGCGCGGGCCGAACGCGCGUCCGUCCGGCGACUGCGCGACGUUGCCAGCUACCGUGAAAAAAUAUCAGAUUCGACCUUCUUAGGACCCCCGUUUUUUUUUGUUUGGUGUGGUGCUGUUAUCGUUCGUGUUUAGGAUACUUAGUGAUGUGUAGGAGGUGCAGUGUUGUGUGUUGAUAUGGUGUGGUCAUCGCCUUCGGGGGAGGUCUUGGUCGAGUUCUCAAGGCCCGGGCAGUCUGAUCACGGGCACGGCGCGCUGGCGUUCGGCGGGAAGCCGGCCGCGGGGGCGGUGGUGCAGCCCCGCGCCCCCGCGGCGCCCUACCCUCCGCAGUACCCCGCGCUGCGGCUCCACCAGCCCGGAUAUGGGUCGGCUGCGCUCUCCUUCAGUUCCAGGGACAGCAACUACCGCGGCGGCGGCGCUGUCGGCGAAUACCGCACGGGCACCCGCAUGUCGUUACUGGGCACCGCGUACCUCCCACCUCCCGCGCCGCCCGCGCACCACCCCCCGCCCGCGGACCCGCCGCCCUUCAAGAAGAUCCGCCUCACCGCCGAGCGCCACCAGCCGCUCAGGAUCGAUACUAGGGAGCCGGUGAAUAGUUACGGGGCGGUGGAGGUGCUGUCUCCCAACCCCCCCUCCGAGCCCACGGUGGAAGAUCAGAGCUUCCGCACCACCAAGGAUGAGCUCAUACAGCAGAUCUCAAAGGUGGACCGAGAGAUGGCGCUGUCAGAAGCGAUGCUGGCGAAGCUUAAGAAGAAGCAGGAGGAGCUGGAGCAGACCGCCACCAAGCCCGCGGCCGCUGCCGAGCCGGAGGAGGCGCCACCGCGGCACCGGAGUCUCGCGCAGAACAUAUACGCGGAGAACCGGAAAAAGGCGGCGUCUGCCCACGCGGUCCUGGCGCAUCUCGGCCCGCCAGUUCUCUAUCCCCUGUACAACCAACCCCAAGACACCGAGGUCUACCACGAGAACAUCCGCAAGCAUCGCGGCUUCAAGAAACGGCUCGUCGAACAUGUUCGGCGGUUACGACUCGAGGCUGAGAAGAGAGAAGACGCGUUAGCGGAAGAGUACAGUAAGCGGGCAGUAGAAUGGGCGAGAAGAGUAGAAAGGAUAGAGCAAGGGCAGAAGAGGAAAGCGAAAGAUGCGAGAAAUAGAGAGUUCUUCGAGAAGGUGUUCCCCGAGCUCAGGAAGCAGCGGGAGGAGCGCGAGCGCUUCAACCGGCUCGGGGCGCGGGUCAAGUCCGAGGCGGAACUGGAAGAGAUCGCCGACGGACUUCACGAGCAGGAGCAUGAGGUCAAGAAGAUGAGAUCCUUGACCGUUGUGCCCCCGCUAUUGAGGGAUCCGAGGGAUCCCGCCCCUGUGUAUAAAGAUACAAAUCGACGGUGUAUGGACAUGGAGGCGGAGCACAAGGAACUCGUACAUAAAAACGUUUGGACGACGCCAGAGCGGGACCUGUUCAAGGAGAAAUACCUUCAGCACCCCAAGAACUUCGUCCAGAUAGCCUCGUUCCUGCCUAGAAAGAGCGUCGGGGACUGUGUCAGAUUUUACUACCUAUCGAAGAAAAGAGAGAAUUACAAGCAGCUUCUUAGAAAGCCGCGGCAACGGCGCACGGCGAGAGGGAACCCGCCUCGGCCGGCGCCCGAACCUGAAUUACCUGCUGGAGUCGUCACUAGAUUACAGAGGUCACAAGGCACGGUGGCGCGGCCAGCGGACAAGGAGCCGAGCAUAGAGGAGCAGCAGGCGCAGGCGCAGGCGCAGGCGCUGGGGCAGGACGCGAGCCCGCAGCCCGCGCCCCCCGCGCCCCCCGCGCCCCCCGCGCCCCCCGCGCCCCCGCCCCAGCCCGCGCAGCCCGGCGCGGCGCCGCUGCAGCCCGCCCCUACGGAAAUCACCCGCACGCCGCCCUUACCACCAUCGCCGCCGCCGGGGUCGUCGGCGCCCCCCGCGCCGGCGCCGGCGACGGCGGGCGGCGCCGUGCCCGCCGGCAGCCCCGCGCCGCCCUCUCCGACGCCGCCCCCGCAGCCUGAGCAGACGCAAACGACCUCCUCAACGCCCCCAACAACGUUAACAAUAACGACAACGUGCUCGCCCUCCCCCUCACCAAUCGUGACGGUGACGCCCGCGCCGACGCCGCCGCCGGCGGUCGCGCCGACGCCUCCCGCCGCACCGCCGACGCCGCAGCCGGCGCAACCGCCGACGCCGACGCCGACACAGCCGGUGAUGACGCCGGAGACAGCCGUGAUCGAGCGCAUCAGCACGCCGUUAACGCCGGGUGCGCCGCCGACGCCAACGCCGACGGCGACACCAACGCCCACGCCGGCGGCGUGUGCCGUUUGCGGCGCCGCCGGCGCGACGCGCGCCGUGUCACGUUCCCGAGCGCUGUUCUACGGGCUGCGGGAGGACGCGGCGGGCAGUCGGGUGUGCGACGCUUGCCACACGAGGUGCGUCCGCUGCAGGUACACAUGGUGUCCAUCGUGCCACGGGCCAAAGGUGCGGGCGAAGCGACUGCGGCACCUACCGCCCAAGUGGCAUGACCUCUCGCCUGAAGUCAAGAAACCUCUUCUGGAUGAGUGGAACAUCCCGAGCGACCUCAGCAAAUGCUGUCUCAGCUGUUUCAAGAAAAUCACCCGCUGGCUCGAAACGGUCGGCGAGCACCCAACCCCGGACCCGACCGAAGAAGAGGCGUCCAGAUUCAGAACCUUACUCCGAGAACACGGGACGUCCUGGGAAAAGAUGGCCGCCGGCAGCGUGAAGACGCCGGCUAGCUUCAAGGCGUUCUACUUCACGUAUCGGAAAAAACUGCAAUUAGACGCUUUGGUGGCGGAGCGACCGCCGCCGAAGGGCAGCGAUACGGAUGAUAGCGUGCUCAGCUCCGGAGACACGGACACGGCGAGCGCGGAGAGCCCUCGGCCUCCGCCGCCGCCCGAGCCGGCGCCCGCGCGGCCGCGGCGCGACGAGUACGACUCCAGUGCGACAGAGACGGCCGACGAGGAGAACGACGCGCCGCAGGCUAAGCAGGCCCCCGCCCCCGCCCCCGCCCCCGCGGUCCCCGCCCCCUUGGCGGCGGCGCCCUCGCUGCUGCGCAACGGGCCGGGCGCUCCGCCCCUUACCGUCAGAGACGUCGUGCUCAACAUGAUCGAGAUCAGCCUGCUGAAGAACAACCAGCCUGUUCCGCCCAGCGUUAAACCCAAGGUGACCUCGCACGCGCCGCGCGAGACCCUGGCGACGCUCAGCGUGGUGAACAGCGGACACGUGAGCGCACCCCCGCGCUCCCCCAACCGCCCCGCCACCAUCACCCCCCUGCAGCCCGACGCGCCCAAGGAGGGGGUGGUCGUGCUGCACAUCGAGCCCCGGGACCAGCGGGAGCGCCCCGAGCCGCUGCUAGACCUCAGUGUCAAGAAACCGAGGCAUGACCACGCGUUCCCUCAGCCUGGCAAAACGGUAUCAAUAUCUCAACCGCAAUACCGCAACUCAGACUUCCAACAACAAUACCGUCCUCUAGAGCGCGAAUCUCCAACACUAUACAACUCCAAGCCAAAACCAGUCGCUGCUGCACCACGUCCGACCUUAAAACCCGCGCCGAACCCCAAGGGUUCCAUAACCUUAGGGACCCCGCUCGAGUCCCGCUACGAGCCGCGACGGACCCCGCCAGAUACCAAGCCCGGGUCCAUAACGGCCGGGACCCCGGUGCAUGGCACUCAUGGACACCAUUUGCCGGACAAGCAGCGGUUUCACGAGAUGUAUAAUAAGAGGAAGAGUCCUGGUGGCGCGUAUUAUCCUGGAGCGCAGAAUACGCAGAGGCCGCAGAGUCCGCAGUCUUUCUCACCGAACCCCGCCUUCGGUCGUUACUCGGGCAUGGACCAGCGUCAAAUCAUCAUGGCAGACUUCAUUACAUCAAAGCAAAUGCCGGGCGGGGCGAGAAGAGAACGGGAACGACCCGCUUCGCCUUACUCGCAGCCUUCUGUUAUACAGAGACAUUCGUACCAUGUUCACCCUCCUCCUCCACCCGGUCACGAAGCCUUCACGUCGUUGGUGGACGCGGCCGUGUCGGCGUCGGCGCUGCCCGUGCCGCGCGGGCAGGCGCAGGUGCAGCACGCGCAGGCGCAGCACGCGCAGGCGCAGCAGGCGCCCGACGCCAAGCCCGACGCCAAGCACGACAUGAGGAUACACGAGAAGAUGCAACGCGAGCGCGACAUGGGCAUCGUGCACAAAUACCACCACCCGCAGCAUCCGCACCAUCCGCAACACAUGCAGUACCAGUCGGUUAUGGAUCGCGAGAGGAGAGGAAUGCAAGCGCAACUACUAGAGAGAGACAGACAGCUGGCCUUACAGAGCCGAGAAAGGGAACGCGCGAUAGCAGCGAUGCACGAGCGAGAGAGACAUAUUGCGAUAGAGCAGCAGCACCAGCAACAGCAGCAGAUGAUAAACGAGAGACAGAACAUGAUACAGCAGCAACAACAACACCAGCAGCAACAACAUCAACAACACCAACAGCAACAGGCACAACAACAUCAGCAGCAGCAGCAACAGGCACAACAACAACAUCAACAGCAGCAACAAGCACAACAACAACUGCAGCAGCAACAGGCGCAACAACAACAGCAACAGCAGCCAGCCAGCUCCAACGUGGAUGGCGAGAGAAGGUUGCUGCAGACGUACAAGCAGCAACCACCGCACCACCGGCAUCCUGCCUCGCCGCAUCUCGAGACUUGGAAAGAGACCCGGCCGGCGCCCGCUCCCGCCCCCGCCCCGGCCCCGGCCCCCGCGCUCGCCCCCGCCCCCGCCCCCGCGCCCGCCCCCGCGGCGCGCACGGAGGGCACGCUGACGGCCGCCUCGCUCAUCGACGCCAUCAUCACGCACCAGAUCAGCCAGUCCGCCACCGACCAGCGCUUCCCUCCCACGAUAAUCCGUGAAUGUUCACCGACGCUUCGCGAUGAAAGACAGUCCCCUCCCCGAGACGAGCCCCCGGCCCACACGGCCAGCAUUAAACUAGGGGACCUGGCCUCCAACAUCAUCACGAGGGACUUCUGCAGUCCCACGCAACCACCCCUUCAUCAAAACAGUAGAUACAACGUAGGAGCGCCCGUGUCGGAGUACUCGGGCUCGGAGGAGUGGAAGCGCCGCGACGCGCCCAAGCACGCGCCCUACCUCGAGCCCGUCAGCCCGCCCGACAACCACCACCCCAACAGAGCGAACAGCACGCGUCGUUUCUCUGGCUGCAACUCCUCAACCAUGCUAACGCCGUUCGACUACGUCACCAACCGCAUAGUGGAAGUCAUGCGCAGCGACGCCGACGAGCGUAAACCGGCGCUGACGUUCCCCGCUACUGCUUAUGCGUAUCCUUACUCCGCGCUGAACGUGCCCGCUACCACGGCGGGACCGGUGUCUGGCGCUCCUACUGGUGACGGGAGUGCGCCGGCGCCGACGCCGGUGACGUCGACAGCGCCCGCGCCGGCGCCCGCCGCGCCCGAGCCCGCGCCGCUCAUGUCCGCGCGCUACGAGCCGCUCUCCGACGAGGACUGACGACGCCGCCCCCCGCACCCGCCCCCGCACCGGCCCCCGCCCCCGCACCGGCCCCCGCCCGCCCGCGCCGUCUGCUGAGCGCGGCGCCGAGGCCGGAGGCCGCGAGUCUCCUGGGACACGCUUUCGACGACCCGUCGGGAAAUGGCCGCCCGAGCGACCGAACGGUCUCAUGGGGAAAUUAAACACCAUCAGGGUUGGAAGUGUCGACGAGGCCGAAAGCCCCUCCACCGUCCCGGCGUCUGCUGAGCGACUUCACGUCGAGGCUCCGGGCCGCUAAUAUACAUCUAGAGAUGAAGCGAUGUCUGUCAAGUUGACGAUGAAAUCGAAAGGAGUCUACGAUCUACAUCGAGGUCGGGAAUGAACGAAGAUGUAAAAAUAGUAAAUAUGUCUAAAACUAUGGUAGUGGCUUCGGGCUUAAGUUAAAAGCGACCCGAACAUCUGCUGUUUGAACAAAAAAGAAAUUUGCUGAAUAUCUACUCUACUCUAGAAUUUUUGCCUGUUUUUCAACGAAUCGAGUGAACCUCGCACCGAUUUCAGCAAAACGGAACUAAGCUCUAGUUAAAUGAAAUCAGUGGUUUAUGUGAUGCUGAAGAAAUUUAACAAAGUAGAGCUUAAUAAGUAACAGACUAACAGUCCUACGGAAGAAUCUUAAAUACUCAGAUUUUUUUAAAUUAAGGACUGAAUUACAAUACUGAAGUUAAAUUAUACGGAGGGCCCUGGACUUGGACGUUAAACGAACAGCCGUCCGAAGUAACAUAGGUGAAAAUUUUAAACUUUGACUACGCCAACCGGCUUGGCUUAAUGUAAGAUAGAAUAUGCUUCGAGCGUCACGGACGUUAAGUGACAGACUUAGUGAGUGUAACGGACAAGUGUAAAUUUUAAAGUGUUAGGCGAUUAAAGCAGGGAAUAUAUAUCGAGUUGUGGCAAGCUUUAAGUGUACGAGGAAUCUGUGGAUGCUUCUAUAGUGUAUACUGUAUAUUAUAUUUAUUACAUUGAUUUUGUCCAUCGCUAGGGGCUUUGAAAUUUUGUUCGUUAUGUUGUACGAAUCUGUGUAAUGUAAAGUUAGGGUGCCCCGGCGUCACUGCCACGUCGCUUGUGGCACAAGAUACAGCGGACCUGACGCUCCUAUACCGCCGUCUACAUUGUAUAUUUAUGUACCAAAACAAUGCUACAUAUAGCAUUGGUUUGCUUGAUUUUCAUCAUAGACAAGGAAAGGAACAAACGAAGAGGUACAAAAUGUAAGCGUGUUGCACAGCUGAUCUAAAUGAUGCUAUACAGUUGGUAUUAUAUUGUAAACUGCUAAAUUUUGAAAAUCUAUAGUUGGUCAAACCAAAUUGGCAGUAAAUAAGAACAAAAAAAACUAUACUCAUCCUUUUGUUUCGGGUGCUAGUACUAGUGUAAGAUAAAGAUAGUAUGAUUCUCUCUGUCUAUGUUUGAAAUAAGACAGUCCUUUGACAAACUAUAGCUACAACAAAAUGUAUAUUGCUGUACAGUGCCAUCUAGAGUCAGAUGUGCAUAUUAAUUCCUUGUCUAUGCUUUUCGCUAAAAAACUUAGCCUAUAGUUGACAUGGACUGACCAAUAUUAAAUCUUAUUGUGAAUAGUUAAGGUUUAAUAUUAGUCUGGUCGCAGCUCGCGGCGGUGUAGGAGGUCGGAGCCCGCGCCCAGGUCUUCCGUCGCUCCGGUCGCUAGGCGUCCACUAGCGACUAAUGACUAACGUGUAACGACUAGUGUACACGCGUACACGUGUGGUGUACACUGUACACGUGUACACGCAGAUUCCUCGCCGCUCGCCGGCCCGCGGCGCUCCCUGUACAUAGCACCCGUAUAGCGCGGCGCCGGCCCAAUAUACGUUUAUAAAUAUUAUUACACGGUAAUCGGUAUAAACACGUCAUCAUGUAUACAUUCUGUGCAUUUGUAAUUAUACUUAGGUAAGGUACGAUAGAGAUUUGUUUUCGUUAGCUAGGUCCGGCCCCCGCGGCCACAUGCGGGGCCCGCGGCGCCCGAGCCGGCCUCACGUGUGUGCUCCCGAGCUGUCCGGGGCCUGCCGACGGCCUCGCCCUGUCACACUUACCUACCAAUAUACAGGUGCGACAGGGACGCAACACGGCGAACGUGGGUCGCGGCAGGCCCUCGGAGCGCUUCCCGUACCGCCCGAGCGCACCUACCGCCACACUGCUGUUGGACAGAUCUCUUAUCCUAUAUUACAGAUCUCAUACUUGAGACUCGCUUGCGUUAGCUUAUGCCCGGUUUACAUGCGUGGCAAGCCACGACAAGUCUCAGGGGACGCAGGAGAUAGCAAUAUCGCUCAUAACUGCUUCCCUGAGGUUUGUCGAGGUUUGCCACGCAUGUAAAUCGGGCAUUUAAUCUAAGUUAGUAAAGACCAAAGCGGGUCUAAUGUUGGCAACAUAAGGAAGGUACGACUUAUUUGGCAGUUUGAGCUCUCAUAAUCGACUUCGGUUUUUAAGUGUCGCUUAGAGGGUCAGGGAAGCGACUACAGCAUAAAUCAGACCGAGCCCGUCGGACGCCGCCACCAUUUAUUAUUUAUACUUUAUUAUUUUUGCAAUUUAUAAAUCGAUUACAUAUACAUUAUUUUUACAAUUUCUGUUAUUUCAUUAAGAGUUAAAACACUUCGAAUAUUAACAAAAUUAUGGGUAAAUAUCGUCUUAGAAUUUACUCAAAACUUUGCUUUAUAAUUUUACAUGAAUUAAUAUUAGCUUCAGACAGAAUCAAAUCAGUUUUACGUGGAGGAUGAAUGGAAGGCCUAAUGAGAGGUCGCGUGUUAUUGUUUUGUAUGUUAUUGUAUACUAGGGUUUAUUUGUAUAUAAGCGAGGUGGCGCGUUCCGACGGCCGGCGUGUUGUAAAUGUUUUAUAUUAUGUAAAAACGACUGAUUAUAUUAAAGUUCUGUUGAAGCCGGGCGGGCGCCGCGGCGCGCCCUGUCAUUGUGAUUUCUUUAUAAAUUGUAAUAUUAAUAAUGUAAUUUAAGUAGCCGAAAGAAAAGAUAAUCCUUGUAAGUCCGAUUAAAGCGAAAACAAAGUUUUGGAGGACUCAAUCAAUAAAUAUGAUGCAAAUCGA